ACAGUUAACUGUGACUUAGGUUUCCUAUCCUUUGCUUUCUCGCUAUCACAAUUUUCUCCUACAUUCCUUUCUCAUCAAAGACUCGUUACUCUUGAAGGCUCGCUGCAGGUCGAAGGCUCGCCGCGACUCGCCGCCGUCGAAGGUUUUACCGCACUCAGCCGUCGCCGAACCAUUGAGGGUGCUGAGAACAUUUCUCCCUUUUCUGGAAAGAGAAGCAAAGGAUAUCAAUCUGCAACCCAAAGGGGGACUUGAUUUGUAGUUCCUGCCCUUGCAACUAGCUCUCAACUCAGAACCUUCUGCUUCGACAACAUUAAUUCCAUUGGUACAGACACCUCUCUCUUUGGACACGACUAACAUUCGAAAUUGAAGCAAAGUGAAAGGGUUAUUCCUUUCUGCCUUCCUUGCUUAAAGUUUCUGCCGAAAAUGGGAAGUGAAGAUAAUGUGAAGCAUCUUGAAGACUGCUCCGUUUCUAAUGCAUUAGGCACUUGGGUGUUCUCAGUUGCAGGAGCAUUGUUGGCUAUUCCAGUUGGCAUAAAGCGCAAAUCUCUAGCACCCCUUGUAUUUUUUGGCACCACAGGUACUAUGUUGGAUAUUAUUAUGGGGAUCACUGCUUGCGAAAGGGAACACGCAGAGCGCCAAAUGAAGCUACUUGAAGCGCAAAAUGCUGCUGCCGAAACUUCUUCGGGUGAAACAGAAAUUGAUUCAUAAACCGCUAUCUUGAAGUUGUCAGCAUUAUCAAACUUGUUUGGGCAUGAUCUGAACAAACUAAAUGCACUUUUCUGGUAGUCACUAGUCAAAUAUUCUUCUACUUGAUGUUUUUUAUAUCCUUUUACGGUUUUUCCUCCAGCGGCGUUUAAAGAAGAAGGUGGAAAUGAUGGAUUUCUGUGUUAAUUCAUAAAGAUUUCAGGAAUGUUUGAUUACAAUGUGUUUCUUAUAUAAUGGUAAUUAAAAAACGCCCUUAUUAGAUUCUUUUUGGGACUUUUGAGGGGGAAGUUGUACAUCGAAUAAUUGGAGCAGUGAACUUAUUUGUUUUAUCUAAUUCCAUUUCACCUUGCUCAUGA